AUGGCUACAAGUUAUUUUCAAACUCAGAAGAAGUUAAGCCUCAAACAAGUUAGGUGGCAAGAUUUCUUAAUUGAGUUUAAUUUCGAAUUUGAAUACAAGUCAGGUAAGACUAAUAUAGUAGCAGAUGCACUGAGCCGUAAGGCUGAGUUGGCAGUCAUUUCCAUGGUCGAAGGGGAUAUUGUGUAUACCAUUAAGGAAGGGUUGCAUCAUGAUCCAUUAGCCAAGAUGUUGGUGGAGUUGGCUAAAGAAGGGAAGAUUCCUGGAACUUAUCAUAUGAUUAAGUCAUGGGAAGAACAAGAAGAUGCCACUCAUUCUUACCUCGACAAAGCUGCAAAGAGGAUGAAGAAAUGGGCUGAUAAGAAGAGGAGAUAUGCAAACUAUCAAGUCCAUAAGGGCUUAAUCUACAAAUACGAAGGGUCAUUUGAUAUCACUGGGAAUGUUGGAGAGGUUGCUUACAAAGUACAACUCCCUCCCUCUAUGAAGAUCCAUUUGGUCUUCCAUGUGAGUAUGCUUAAACCAUAUCAUGAAGACCAAGAUGAAUCGAGUAGAGGUAACUCGAGUCGUGCUUUGUUUGUGGUGAUUAGAUCCUUUGAUAAGAAAAUCGAAGAGAUCUUAGCUAAUCGCGUCGUGCGACGAAGAGGAGUACCACCAAGUAUCCAAUACUUGAUCAAGUGGAAAGGACUUCCCAUAACCGAAGCUAGCUGGGAAGCUCGUGAAGAUCUGUGGCAAUUCCAAGACUACCUAGAGUGCUAUCAUGAACAGAACGUGACGAGGAUGUCUGCGCAAUAG